AUGAGUGAACUAGGGUUAAUGAAGAUUAGGCUACAUUAUGGAGGCGUUAUGGAGCGUAAAGAUAACGACUUUCAGUAUCGGGGAGGAUUAGUGAAUAAAGACAUUGCUAUCGAUCCAGAUUACAUGACGUGGUGUAUGUUCGAAGGAUUCUGUGAAGACAAUGGGUCAAACGGGAAGGUGAAACACGUCUGGUACAAGCUUCCACAAGAAUCUAUGGAGUCGGUGAAAGUGAUUUUGGAACUUGCUUCAGAUGCUUCUAUUAAUCAAAUGUGUUGCGAAGCUAUGAAAGUAGGUGGAGUAGAUAUCUACAUUGAGCAGAGUGUUGGUGAACAGGUUCCGGAGAAUGGUGAAGAAGAUAGAGGUGAAGAAGACAGCGGUGAAGAAGAGAGAGACGAGGAAGCUCAGAACAAUGGGGAAUCGUCCAAUGCUCGUGAUGAGGUUGAGGAAGAAGUCAUCGAAGAAGCAGAAGAUAUUCCAUUUCAGUCACUCUUUGGAGAUAACCAUGAUGAUGAAGUUAGAGGUGCCACAAGUGAGAAAGUUAGAGAUGCCGAAAAUGAGGAGAUUAGAGGUGCAGGUUGUGAUGAUGAUGAAGAAGAAUUGGAGAGGCAAUUAAAGGAUAAUGAACAUCCGGCUCCUGCUGUUGACACUGAUGAUGAGUGGGAUUACUUCAAUCGACAGGAAAAGGUGAUUUCGAGAACUACGUACAGCAAUGAGAAGCCUCCAUACCUGUGGUUAAUGCAGACAUUCAAGAGCGGAGAAGAGUUCAAAGACCAGUUAUUGCGCUAUGUUUUGAAGACAAAUUUCGAUGUGAAGCUUUGCCGAUGGGAGAAAACAAAGCUGGGAGCCAUUUGUACAAAGGAAAAUUGCGAGUGGAAGAUUUAUUGCUCUGUUGAGAAGCCAAAGGGGAAGUGGAUGGUGAAAUCUUAUGUGGAUAAACAUAAUCAUCUGAAGAGUAGUAAAGCAAGGAUGUUGAAGCAGGGUACAAUUGCAAGGAUGUACAAGGAUGAAGCAAGAAGAAGACCUGGUAUUAAGUGGACUGACAUCAAGGAUGAGAUAAUGAUGAGGUACAGUCUCUCAGUUUCUAAGUGGAUAUGCACGAAAGCCAGAAGAAUAGCUCUAGAUUUGUUGAAGGCUGAUUUGGAUUUGGGGUUAGGCAAUAUCAAAGAUGCUCGUAAGUUGCCAUUGAUUAACAUGCUUGAGGAGAUUAGGAGACUUGUAAUGAAGCGUAACUCUCGAAGGCGUGACAUAACAAGUGGCUGUUCGACUCAGUUUCCACCAAAUAUCAUGGAGAUUUUUGAGCAAAACCGCCAAGCAAGUAACCACUGCACCGUUAUUAAAAGUAGUGAAAGCUUAUAUGAAGUCACUGAGUGGGAUUGUAGCUAUGUGGUAUGUCUUCCAGAAAAGCAUUGUGCUUGUAAUCGAUGGGACCUCACCGGGAUACCUUGCCAGCAUGCUAUUUAUGUCAUAAACGAGCAUAACAAAGAACCUGAAGACUUUGUUGAUCCUUACUAUCUGACAUCAAGGUGGCAAGACACCUACGAAAACAACAUAAAACCUGUCAACGGAGAGAGACUGUGGGAGAAGACAGGUAAGGAAGCUAUACAAAUCCCUGAAAAAAGGAGAAUGCCAGGACGCCCGAAGAAUUAUGAUAGGAUCAAAGAGGCACAUGAGUCAAAGACAAAUCCAACAAAGGUUACAAGAGAAGGAAGAAGGAUGACAUGUAGCAACUGUAAGCAAACAGGUCAUAACUGUGGAACUUGUACUCUACAAGCUGCUCCUGAGCUUCCUAAACGCAAAAGAGGACGGCCAAAAAAGACUGAUGAUCCUUGGAGCAUUCAAAAUGCACCGAAGAGGAGGAAUGCUCAAAGCCAGUCCACACCAAAUCCGGUCAGCACACAACCUUGUGUUGAUCCACAGCCAUCAACUGCUCCAACUGCUCCAACUGCUAGAGGCCGUGGCCGUGGACAGGGACGAGGGAGAGGGCGUGCUCGAGGCCGUAGACGUGAGUGUGUGCCUCCUGUUCCAAGAGAGUCUGGUUGCUAUAUUGCUCCUUACUCUGGUCGUGUAUUUGAGGUAUGGGGGUCUGCUGCUGUGAGUGAUCAGAAUUCACAAGCCUCUCAACAACAACCUGAAGACUCUUAG